AUGGACAACUUGGAAUUAACAUCUACCGGGGGCGGUGGUGUUGCUAUUGUGUCGGGUGUGGGCAUAGGGGAUGUUCUCACGGAAGCAUUAGUUCCAGAGGAAACGGAUGUCGAUAUUGCCCUAGGCUUGAUUGAGUCGUUGGCAAAGUUGAACGAGAAGAGGCCCGAUUCGGCCGCAGGGUCGGCCGCGGUAUCCAUCCGCAUCCCAGUGCUGUUGAAGGGCCGACCCAAUUUGGAAUUCAUUGCCAAAGGAUGGGUGCAAGUGGCCACAACACCCGCUGAAGUCUGGGAGGGUCGCCGAACCGUUGUCCCCAAAGGAAGUGAGCGCUGCGGCAGCGGCGGUCUCGGCCCUGGUGCCAAUGGGAAGCGAUACAUCGCUAAUACACUUUACAUCUGUGCAAGGAUCAUGUGCGGCUUCGCAAGCCUCGUCGACACAAAGGCUUUCCACACCACAGUCAUCAUCGGCGCAGCAUAUGCCAGGGUGCUCUUGCGCAACACAUUCAUCGUCAACACACACUUGGCCCUGUCCGUCCACACCGCAGUGGCUCGGACAACUGCCUACACAGGAAGAGCUGCAGGAUGCGGCAUCGUCUCCAACGGCGGGGCGGGAGACAGUGCGGGCCGUUGUAUCUAA